UGACCAAAUAAUCUUGGUUACAAAAAAUUGCUAGUCAUAUUUUCACACGUCUUGCUACGUCUGCUUCUUUUGGAUACUCUCAUUUCAGCUAUAAAUAGUCCCUCCAGCAACCAAUAUAGCAGCACUACUAUCUCCACUAUCGAGUUGUUGUUGGAUAAUUUUUUGCAUUCCUGCAAGCAUGCAAUUCAAGAGCUUAGUCUUUCUUCACCUUUUUUCGCUGCAAUGUCUGUCAUAUAUUUGCCUCGUUCAGAGUCACGACUUCUUCUUCGUUGUCCAAAUGUGGCCAGGAUCAUAUUGUGACACAAAGAGAGUUAGCUGCUGCUAUAGAGCUGCAGGGAAACCAACAGAUUUCACCAUUCAUGGCCUCUGGCCUCAUUUCAACAAUAAUUCCAUCCCACAGGACUGCAACCGUAAAAACCCUUUCAACAAAGCCAAGGUCUCAGAUUUAACAACUAAAUUGGAAAAGACCUGGCCAACCUUCAAAUGUGGGAGGAAAAGUAGCAGUGCCAAAUUCUGGUCGCAUGAAUGGACAAAACAUGGUACCUGUUCAGAAGAUGUUCUUGAUCAGCAUGCAUACUUUAAAGCAGCUCUCAAUAUCAAGGACAAAGUAAAUCUUCUUGAAAUACUUAAGAAUGCAGGGAUUCAACCGGAUGGGAAGUUUUACAAGUUAGAUGACAUUAAAGAAGCCAUAAAAGCUGGAACAGGAUACAAUCCAGUGAUUGAAUGCAAUACUGAUGCCUCAGGCAAUAUCCAGCUUUACCAGGUUUAUCUUUGUGUGGAUUCAGCUGGUUCAUCCCUCAUUGAGUGUCCAGUGACCCUUAAGAGGGAUACAUCCAUAGAGCUUCCUAUGCUUUAGGGACCACGACAGAGAUUGGGUUAAUAAUUUUCUGUCCACAUCUUGUUCGGGAAGAAUAAGUGGGGUUGUAAAACCGCUGUUUUUGACUUAUGGUGAAAUUGUACUAGUAAAGUUGACUUUAUGCAUUGUCUGUCAGGCUGUGAAGCUAUUUUUCUCCUACAAUAAAAGAAGGGAGCGCUUUUUUUUUUUUAAUGUAUUUCCUGUUUCGUUAUUUAUCCAUUUGCUUGGAUUUGCAUUUUA